CCACCCCAGCAUGCACCGCGAGGUCUGCAGUACAAUUAUUCACAAAGAAAAAAAAGGCUUGAGGAGCAACAACAACAGGGUGGGAGCAGAAGCACAGAUCUCGUUUACAGCUCUAACGUUUCACGAACCCGUGUGCUGACAACAAGUAUCACGUCAUGGCCCUAAGGAGCUGAGAGUGGGAAGUGCUGUUUACCUGAAGGGAGCUCACAAAGCUUGAGAGUUACUAGAGAAGAGUUGGCGGGGCCUGGGCAGAGGGUAGAGCUCAGCGGGAGCCAAUGCAGCAGCAGCAGCAUCGACCGCCUGAGCUGGUGGGAGGAAGCCUUCCCGUGUUCGUGUUCCCCAAUGAGCUCGUCUUCUAUGCGGAUGAUCAGUCGUCUCACAAACAGGUGCUCACGCUCUACAAUCCCUAUGAGUUCGCCCUCAAGUUUAAAGUGCUGUGCACAGCGCCAAACAAGUACACCGUGGUGGAUGCAACUGGAGCCGUCAAGCCUCAGUGUUGCGUUGAUAUAGUAAUCCGACACCGAGAUGUGCGCGCAUGCCAUUAUGGGGUCUACGAUAAGUUCCGGCUGCAGGUGUCAGAGCAGAGUCAGCGGAAAGCUCUGGGCCGCAAAGAGGUGACAGCCACUCUCCGUCCCUCUGCCUCACAGGACCCGCCUAGCCCCCGGCCCCAAGAUGAGGAACGCCGAAUUGCUGACAGCGAGUUUUUUGAACAGACUGCAUUCCAGACAGAGAGCCGUCCUGUUGCUGGAGGACCCAGUCUGUUGACAGUACUGCUUGGGCUGGUGUGUAUGGCCGCCCUGAUGCUCCCGACACUGGGGGAGCAAGAAUCUACUGUGCCUGUCUACCUCCACUUAAGUGUUAACAAGAAACUUGUAGCUGCUUAUGUUCUCGGGCUUCUUACAAUGGUCAUCCUACGCACAUGAAGUGCCGUGAGCCGAAAGGAGGGAAGAAAAAGAAACAGAAACAUGAAGAGAACAUUCUCCCACCAGAGGCACUACUAUGAGUAAAAAAAAGUAGAGCUGACAGCAGGGGAGCAGGGGUACUUAUUCGAUUACCUCAUCCUCUGAAAAAUACAUUUUAGCAUACUUGUUUUCAAAUCUACACAUUUGUGUUAAUACAUACACGGAACUAAAGUGAGAUAAAUGGGAAGACCUGUCAUGUGUAAGGUCAGAGUGAGGGGAGCUGUCCCUGAGAAAAAGGGCCUGUGAAGAAGCGUGAGGCCGUUUGCUGUUGUUUGGCCUCACACAUUGUCUGUAACUCUGUUGCCAUUAUGUGAAAGAAAGUGGUCAUUUCAGUGUGAAGGAAUCAACAUGCAAACGCGGUACUUGUAUAUAAAGCCAUUAAAGUUUUGUUACCUGUUACCAUUAUUAAAUUUAUGUUUUUUUUAAAGCAUUUUAGAGUAGACUGAAGACUAAAUGCUGUUCCUUGCAUGUGUGGAUACUUUGUAUGAGUGGGCUUUAAGUUUGUUAGCAGUAAGAUACUUGUACCUGUCACCAAAGGAGGGAUCUUCUCUUGAAAGAAGAAUGGUUCGCUUGCCGUGCUUUAUCAAAUGUUUAAUAAAGUCUCAAUACAGCUGUAGUGUGUCACGUUCAAA